AUGGAAUCCCUCGAUCAUCUCCUCCGCACGAAUCGCCAGCUAUCGGAUGCAGAGGAAUGCUCUGCUCUCCAGCUCUUGCUCGACGCUCAACAACGGCUGGGAACCGUUUCAAACAGUGCCGCUACGAACCGCCGCGGGGAUUGCAGUCGCCUGCUCGCGCGUAUCGACGCCCUUAUGCACAUCCUUGCCCCCAUUCGGAGGCUCCCACUCGAACUUCUUUCCAUCGUCUUCGACUUCUACAUCGGCAUGGUGCAUUACGGACCUAUGUCGGUGAAGGGAGGAAUCGAGACCUUCUUCUGGAGAAUACACGAGGGCCCGUGUCUACUCCUGCACGUAUGCUCUCUAUGGCGUGCCGUAUGCCGAACGACGGCUUCCCUCCAGUCAUUCUUUGCAUCCAUGGUGCUGUCGACUCCCGAAGCCUCCACGUACGCUGUGGGCGGCGACUUCCCUAGGUCGCUCAGCCAACCAUCCGUCAAAGCAUGCCUUGCGCAUUAUCUCGCGCUGUUUGACGUGGGACCAUUGAGCAUCGUGAUGCGGAAUGGCCGUCGCAUUCCUGUCGCGCUUGACACAGAAGCUAAGCGCGCUCAAUGCGCAGAGCGCUGCUCUCAGCUUGUUGUACACUGCCACGGCAGCCAGGACCCUCUCGCCGCCAUUCUGUGGAACUUCUUGGGCCGGUUUCAUCAGGAACUGUCUUUCUUGGACGGUCGUCUGAAAUGCCUGGAGUCCCUUUGUCUGGGUUUCAGGCGGGCCGGGGAUGGCUACGAGGAGAUGUUGGGGGUGGAUAUUCCAGCAACCGGGUUGGGGAAGAAGGUGAAGAAGACGCGACUAUUCGCUCAUGCACCCAAGCUUCGUCGAUUGAGGCUGCUUCAGGACGGUAUCAGACUUCUAUCUGCAGCAAACCCUCGAUUCGCUCUUCCGUGGAACCAAAUCCAGGACUUCUACACGCAUUACGCCAGCCCCGCCGAAUGUCUUGCGGGCCUAUUCUCAUUGCCGUCUGUCAAGACGGUCAGUUUGCUGAGGUUCGCAAGACAUAAAUCCGCUUAUCUAUCCUAUCAUCCGCCAUGGCCUGGACACUUCAUCAGUCAACCGUUCCGUCUUCCACUCAUGGAUUCUCUCACUCUCUUUUACCUCCCUCGUCAACUAAGUAUCGCCGAUGAGGACGAGUCAGGAUGCUACCCUGACUUCACUUCACGGUAUCCAGCGGAGGUUCUAGAUUUGUUGGAGGCGCCAUUACUCAAACAAUUGCGUGUUGGCUUCGCGGAGUCCAAGACUUCGACUGCCACUGUCAGCACAAUCACAGCAUUUCUCCAACGCUCCGGAUGUGGCCUCGUCAAGCUCUACCUCUCGCUGCAAACGCAGGACAUGGACGAUGACAUCGCGGACCUGCUGCGCAGCGUCGCGUCCCUCCAGGAGCUCACCCUCUGCAUGCACGCCGGAGUGACCCUCUCCCUCGGCGUGCUCGCAUCGCUCGUCGUCACUCCAGGAGGCUGGAACAAUCUCCUCCCCGCCCUGCGGCGCUUCACCCUUAUCACGGACGACUCGCCCGAUACCAUGGAAUUCAAGUCUGACCCGCUUGCGGGCGUUGUCGAAUCCCGCGUAAACGCGGGCCAACGCACGGAGGGGGUGGUCAUGAACCUGGAGAUCUUCCAGAUCGCCUGUCAGGAGGAUCACCCGUUCGCUUGGUGUCCGAGGAUCAAAGAGAGGGCGAGGAAAUGGAUGCGGGCCGGACUGAAGGUUGCGACCGCGGUUGUUGAUCUUCCGACCCAGUUCGUCAGCAGUCGAGACGAAGGGGAGUUCAUGGUGGACUGGGAGUGGCUUCGUCCUGAAUGA